AUGGGAGGUUCAGUGUGCAGGGAGGAGGCGUCUGAGGAGAAGAGGAGGCGCUCGGCGAGGAGCAGCGAGGCCAGCGAGGCCAGCCUGACGUCGGCGGACAGGAUCCGCCGCUGCACCGUCCGCCAGUUCGGCUACAACGUGCUGAGCCUGGCCCGCCGCGGCCUCAAGGAGGUUCCAGGGGAACUCUGGGAGCUGCUGGAGUUGGAGAAGCUGAAUUUGUCUCUGAACAGCCUCAAAGUCCUUCCUCCUCAGCUGGCUCUGCUGUCCAACCUGGUGGUCCUCAACCUCUGGGGCAACCAGCUGAGCAGCCUGCCAGCAGAGAUCGGCCAGCUGAGUCGGCUCAGGGUUUUGUUCGCCUACAGAAACAGACUGAGUGAAGUUCCUGAGGAGCUGGGAGCCUGCACACAGCUGGAGGUGUUGAGUUUAGCCAACAACCAGCUGAGCACGCUGCCCGCCUCCCUGUCCAACCUGACCCGCCUGAGGAAGCUCAACCUCAGCCACAACCACAUCUGCCACCUCCCCGGCUGCGUCUACAACAUGAAGGCUCUGGUGUUCCUCCACCUGGCCUGCAAUCGUCUGGAGAACCUGGCGGAGAACAUCCAGGCUCUGGUGGAGCUCAAGAUCCUCAUCGUGGAGGGAAACAGCCUCCACUCCCUGCCCAAGGCUCUGUGCUGCCUCACCAGGCUGGAGCUGCUCAACCUGGACUUUAAUGACAUCAAGGACGUCCCGCAGGAGAUGCACCAGCUGUCCCGGCUGGAGAAGCUGGCCUGCCACCCGCUGGACAAAGGCCUGCACAUCGUCCACAACCCGCUGCUGAAGCCCGUCAAGGAGGUGCUGGAGGGCGGCCUGAGCGCGCUCUACAGCUACCUGAGGGCUGUGUGA